AAUCAGAUAUGAAGUGUAAGAAAAACUGUAAAACACUUUAAAUUAGUAUUGUUUGUACCAAGCUACGUAAACAAAAUUCAGUGAUCAUGGCAGAACAAAUAUUUAUGAUAGAAGUUUUCGUUAAAAAAAUUAUACUUAAAAUCGACCCUCCCGAAAAAGACGAAUAUGAGUUAAAAAUGGAGGAAGAGGAAAGAAAAAGAGAGGCUGAACUAGCAGCAGCAAAAGAAGCAGCAGAAGCAGCAAAAAAAGGAAAAAAGAAACCACCGAAACCUAAGAAACCUAAAAAAGGAAAGAAAGGAAAAAUACCUCCUGGACCUUCCGAAGAAGAAUUGAAAUUUAUGAAAACGUGUAGUAUGCAAAUGACCUGUUUACCGGUAUUUGAUUUUAGUGUAGCUCAUGACAACUUUGUUGCACCUCCUCCUCCGCCUCCACCUCCAAAAAAAGGUAAAAAGGGUAAACCAGCUAAGCCUAAAAAAGGUAAAAAAGGUAAACCUCAACCAUUCAAGCGUGUGUUGCCAUCAGAGCCUUUACCACAACCACCCUAUUUCGGGGUUGGAAAUGCUGUGGCAUUUAUCUCAAGACCAACGACGCUAGAAGAAUUACUAGUUAACACCCCCAUAUAUAUAACUGUAUGGAACCGGGACGAAAAUUUGAAUUGCGUAGGAUUUUCUAUAGUUCACUGGCACAAAUCUUUUAUUGAGUGUCUUAAAAAAGCCGAAAAUUACAAUCCUAUAGAUUGGGAUCAGGGUGAAUAUAGAGAUACUAAUCAUAUGGAAAUGGUCACUAAUACAGUUGAAUACGUACGUGGGUUGCAAUGUGAAGAAGAUUUAAAAGCAUCCGGAGAAGUUGAAUUUAUUAUUCGAUUAACUUGCUUAGGUAAUAAAAUUCGCUCAGACUACGUCACCAUACCAGAAAUUCCAGAACAGCGAAUAAGUGGUAGGUAUUACUUAAACGACGACUUAAAAUUGAAAGAUAUCGAAGUUAUUCGACACUGGGAAGGUACUUUCAUUGAAAUGAUUCCUCCCGUGGCGUAUCUUUUUGGUGCUCCAGACAUCGUCCGAGAGCCUAUUUUGCCUGAUGAGGAACCUAGAAUUUACGAUGACUUUGUGGCACCCUUCACUUCUAGCGAAUUAGCGAUUCUUUCAAUGGGCUUUCCUAAAGGCCCUUGUGGUGGUACAAACUGCCCUAGACGAAUGGAUUAUAGGGGUAGUCAGCACCAAUUUAUUCCCGGCGAAACUGUCAAAGGAAAAUAUCAACAUGGCAUUUUUGUCAACAAAAGAGACGUUCAUGGUCCGUGUGGUAGAUUAGAUUGUCCUCUAGCAAAAAAAAUUCGCGCCUAUAUAUGUAAUGAAGGUGCUUAUAAAACUUGUAGAAAGCCAUGUCCUAAGGACUAUUACUAAAUUUAAUUCUGAAUCAAAAUCUAAAAUGGUUUUUGUGCGCACACUGAUAUGAAUCAUUAAUUUUGAAUAUUUGUUGUCGAGACAAGCAUUUUGGUCAUAUAAAUUAAUAUGAUGUACUUAUAUGGUGUUGAAAAGAGAUAUUAGAUGUAUGUGAUUUUAUAACUUCAUUAUCACCAUAUUAAUUUAAUUUUGGCAAAGCAGUUAACUAGUAUACUUUUAAAUAAUAUAAUUAUUAUAACAUUAUGACGUACAAUAUGAGUAUGAAAGAGAUUGUUUUAGUUUCAUAAGCUUUUGCGCUAGAACAUUGAACAUACUAAUUUAUAAUAGACACAAGAAUGGUAUAUGGUCAUAGCGGAAGUCCCCAGAAUUUAUAGUACAUAAUAACUUAAAACGUACUACAGUUGAAAUAAAACUUAGUUACAAUGACGGUUAAAUUAGGUUUCUUGUUCAUCAAAGCAAUUUGAGUCAUUAUUGUUUGAGGCAUAUCCGUACUUUCUCUUUUUAAGACUCGCACUUGUAACGUUUAAAGCUGAAAAAUUCAGAAAUGAAUUUUGUACUUGCGUAGAUAACAAUGACAAUACAAAUAAUGCCAGAAAACUGCCAGAACGGCUAAAAAUAUAUUAUUCUAAUUUGUUCAUAUUAUAUUAAAUAGUUGGAAUUUGUAUACAUACUUAAAUUUAAACGAAACUCUGGGAAAAGAUCAAUAUAAC